CUCUCUCUCUCUCUCCAUCUGUCUGAUAUAUAUUCCCAGACGAUGCCUUGAAGCAACGGAGCUCUAAAGUUGACGCCAUUUGCCUAAAAAAAAAUCCCCAAAAAUAAAAAAAUCCAAAAAAAUUAUUACAAAAAAGCACUGAAUAAAAUCAGAACUACAGACUACGGAACCUCGCCGAUUCUUCUCCCAAUUGCUACCUCAAUUGCCGCUGAAUUUUGACUGUUAAUUUCUCCACAUCUUGUGGCCUCAAGUAAUUUUAAGUUGGCAAGUAUGAGACAGUGAAUGCAGAAUACAAGUUCAACCUUUAUUUGGGCACAGUUGAAAAGCAGAUGUGAAGACAGUGUUCUUAUUUUAAUCUUCCUAUGCUUCCCUUGCUUCCUAUUUGUUUGGCGGACUUAGAUGGCCAUUCCCUCACUGGAACUACAUAGUAAAAGUCAAAGUGAUAUUUACCCAUUAUUAAUGGAGCAACCAGGAAAUCAAAUUGAUACUGAGCACAUCAUUGACAUAACAAGGAGUGGUGAUGCUUCCUCAUCUAAUUCAUCCAAUGAUGGACCUUCAACUAGCUUGGACCAGUUGCAGCAUGACGAUAGACCCGCAAGUAGUGCGAGGGUCCCUAUUUCUCAACCUUCAUUUUCUUCCUCCAAUGUAUCAAACUCCAGAAAUUCCUUCAGAAGAAGAGCAGAUGCCCGCCGUCGUAGGAGUCCAUUGAAUUCUGGGUUAUGGAUUUCUAUCGAACUAGCUCUGACUGUGAGUCAGAUUAUUGCAUCUGUUGUUGUUUUAUCUUUGUCACGGCAUGAGCACCCACAUGCUCCAUUGUUUACAUGGAUUGUGGGAUAUGCAUCUGGAUGUGUUGCAACCCUCCCUAUUCUCUAUUGGCGUUUUCGUCAUCGCAACCAGGGUCAUGAGCAAGAGUCAGCUCAAUCGCGGCAGGUUUCUUUUCACAGCAACCUCCCUGGAGGACCUACCUUUUCCCUUUCAGUUACUGGCACCUCAGAAGAAGAAGAUCGCCAACCCUCUGUUCCAGCCACGAGAAACAGUCAAAGUGUAAGGAGAUUAAGUGCAAGACUAAAGGUUCUGGUGGAAUACUUCAAGAUGGCUCUGGAUUGCUUCUUUGCUGUUUGGUUUGUGGUAGGAAACGUGUGGAUCUUUGGAGGGCACUCCUCAUCCUCUGAGGCUCCCAACUUGUACAGGUUAUGUAUAGUCUUUCUUACCUUUAGCUGUAUCGGAUAUGCCAUGCCGUUCAUUCUAUGUGCUACAAUCUGCUGCUGCCUCCCUUGUAUAAUUUCCAUCCUUGGCUUUAGAGAGGAUCUGACACAGACUAGAGGAGCCACAUCAGAAUCAAUAAAUGCUCUUCCAACCUACAAGUUCAAGCUGAAAAAAAAUAGAAAUGGCGAUGAUAGAGAAGGCAAUUCAGGUGCGGGCGAAGGUGGGGUUGUAGCAGCUGGAACAGAAAGGGAGCGGGUGAUCUCUGGAGAAGAUGCAGUAUGCUGUAUUUGCUUGGCAAAGUAUGCAAACAACGACGAGCUUCGGGAGCUGCCAUGUUCUCACUUCUUCCACAAGGAGUGUGUGGAUAAAUGGCUGAAGAUCAAUGCUCUAUGUCCCCUCUGCAAGCGUGAGGUCGGUGAGAGCUUUUUAGGUUCACUCUCAGGGUUAAGUAUCAACUAGUGAAAGAGGGUGAGAAUGGUGGUGUGGUUGAAAGGCUCAGGUGGAGCAAAUAUGUUUACUUGACAAGUAUAUGUCACCCCCCUUUUUUUUUCAAGUAUAUGUGCAUCACAUAUGGUAUGUAUGAAUUGGUGCUUCUGGUACUUUUAGGUUUCGUUCUUCUGAUGGUGGAUGAAUGAAUGACCACUUAAAAUUCAUUCAUGGAUUUUUUUUUUUGGUGGUUGAUGUUUCUAGGUUAAGAAAGGUUGUAAGAUACUUGUUAUACCAGGCAAGUGCCUUUUGACAGUCUGUUAUAUACCAAAAAUUGUUCAAUAACACACCCCAUCAGGUGGUGCACAUCAUGGAAUUGGAGUGGAAAGUUGCAGAUUUGGCUUU